GCCAUCUUGCGCCCACUUUUCUCGUUUUUCCCCGCAGGCCGUGUCCCGCGGCGCAGAGCGAGCUGCGGGGUUCUCAGUGGAGAGCUCUGGCCAGGACCCAGGAGCAGCCCCCCAGCACCCUCCCAGCUGUGCCCCCCCUGCCAGAGUCCCGAGUGGCAGCAGCCUCCCACCCCAGACCAUGGAGGCGUCUCUGGGGACGGUUUCUUUCGAGGACGUGACGGUGACCUUCUCCCGGGAGGAGUGGCAGCUCCUGAGCGCCGCCCAGAGGACCCUGUACCGGACGGUCAUGCUGGACACCUACAGCAGCCUGGCGGCCCUGGGGCACUGCGUGGCCAAGCCCGGGGUGAUCAUCAAGCUGGAGCAAGGAGCAGAGCCGUGGAUGGGGGCAGAAGCUCCCCACCGGAGCCUCUCAGGGCACUGCGCGGCCAAGCCCAGGGUGGCCGUCAAGAUGGAGCAAGGAGCAGAGCCGUGGACGGGGGCAGAAGCUCCCCCCCGGAGCCUCUCAGGGCACUGUGUGGCCAAGCCCGGGGUGACCGUCAAGCUGGAGCAAGGAGCAGAGCCGUGGACGGGAACACAAGCUCCCCCCCGGAGCCUCGCAGACCCCUGCGGACCGAGGGAAGGACACAGAGCCCAUCCCCAGAACGCCGAUGCCCCUUUCAAGCAGGAAACUGACGCUCGGUGGGACGAGUGGGGGCAGCCGGCUCUGGAGAAACCCGCGCCCGGGAAUCUCCACCGCGAUGGGGACGAGGAAGCCCCCCCGGCCGGCCCCCGCGGGUCCCCGCUCCCCCGCCAACCACCCGCCGCCCCGCGCCCCAGGCCGCAGAGACCCUCGCAGACGCUCCGGUGUCACGUCUGCGGCGACACCUUCGCCAACCUGUCGGCUUUCCGAGAUCACCGGAAAACCCACAAAUCCCACGGUCAGAAACACUCGGCCCAGAAGACCCAGCCCAGCUUACCCCUCCGGAGCCCCUGGGAGUCGUACAUCGGCUGGGAAAACUCGGACUGCAGCGAGGACGAGGGGCCGCCGGAACCGGAAGACAUGGGGCUGGAACCGGAAGCGUCGGGCCCCUGGGGCGACACUCUUCCGGCCGCCUUCCCGUCCUGCCGGAAGUCGCCCGUCCCGGAGGAAAUCAAGAUCAACAUGGGGAAGCCUCGCCACCAGUGUCCCGAGUGCCCGAAGACCUUCAGCUGGAAGACGCACCUCAGGGAGCAUCUGAAAAGCCACGCGGGCCAGGAGCCCUACAAGUGCCACGAGUGCCCGCAGGCCUUCCGCCGGAAGCUGCAGCUCCGGGAGCACCUACGGGCGGCCCACAGGGUGGUGGAACCCUACGAGUGUCUGUCGUGCCCCCGCACCUUCGCCCUCAAGGCCGACCUCAAGAGCCACCAGCUGGUGCACACGGGCGAGAAACCCCACAAGUGCAAAGAGUGUCACAAGACCUUCUCGUGGCUGGGGACCCUGCGCAGUCACCUCAAGACCCACCGGGGCGACCGCACGUACGAGUGCCCGCAGUGCUACAGGGUCUUCUACCAGAAGUCCAACCUGGUGACCCACCUGAAGACCCACACGGGCGAGAAGCCCUACGAGUGCCCGCAGUGCCACAAGAUCUUCUACCAGCGGUCGCACCUGGCGACCCACCUCAAGAUCCACAGCGGCGAGCGGCCCUACGCGUGUGACGAGUGUCACAAGACCUUCCACUGCAAGUCGGGCCUCAAGAGCCACCUGACCACCCACCGGAGCGAGCGGCCCUACGAGUGCGCCGAGUGCCCCAAGACCUUCCGCUGGAAGUCCAGCCUGAGGGAGCACCUCAAGACCCACACCGGCGAGCGGCCCUUCGAGUGCGCCGAGUGCCACAAGACCUUCUGCUGGAACUCCAGCCUCAAGCUGCACAUGGCCGGCCACGCGGCCGACGGCCCCUUGGAAUGCCGGGAGUGCCACAAGACCUUCAAGCAGAAGUCCAGCCUGGACCUGCACCUGCUGUCACACACGGGCCACCGGCCCUUCCGGUGCGGCGAGUGCGACAAGAGCUUCUACCUGCGCUCGGCCUUCCAGAGACACCUGCGCAUCCACACGGGCGAGCGGCCCUACCAGUGUCCCGACUGCCCCAAGACCUUCUCGUGGAAGUCGGGGCUGCAGAACCACCGCAAGACCCACACCGGCGAGCGGCCCUUCGAGUGCCAGCUGUGCCCCAAGACCUUCUCGCUGAAGUUCGCCCUCCGCAACCACCAGCAGACGCACGCCAGCGAGAGGCCCCACGCCUGCCCGGAGUGUCCCAAGACCUUCUUCCAGAAGGCCAGCCUGCGCCUCCAUCUGAAGAUACACUCGGGCGAGAGGCCCUUCCGCUGCGACGAGUGCCAGCGGGCCUUCUACCUCAAGUCGGACCUGAAACUCCACCAGAAGACCCACUCGGGGGAGAAGCCCUACAAGUGCGAGCACUGUCACAAGGGCUUCCUGCGGCCCUCCACCCUCAAGGACCAUCUGGUCACCCACACGGGCGAGAAGCCCCACGCCUGCUCCGACUGCCACAAGGCCUUCGCCCACAAGUCGAGCCUCAUGGCCCAUCUCAAGGCCCACACGGGCGAGAGGCCCUUCCGCUGCGUGCAGUGCGACAAGACCUUCCGCCAGAGGAACGCCCUCAACGUCCACUUGAAGAUCCACACAGGCGAGAAGCCCUACCAGUGUCAGCACUGUGCCCGACGCUUCACGCACAAGUCCAGCCUCAGGUUCCACACCAAGUCCCACGAGCGGGAGGCCUUCUGUACGCGGUGACGUCAGUCACCAGCGUGGGCAGCUGACCCACCGAGCGACCGACGGAUGACAGCGUUGGGCUCAGAUCAUGGUAGGCUCGGUCACGAGGGACACCAAAAACAUCCCGCGUGGUCCCAGGCUUGGCACAGGGCGGAGAGAGCAGUGGACUCUCGGGCAGAAGGUCCUCAGUUCGAUCCCCGGCAGCUCAUGGGCCCGAGUGAUGUCUGCUGUUGUCUUUCCUCCUGUCUUCUGUCUCAUGGAUAAAUAAAACAUUUUUUAAAAGAUGGAGAAAAAGC